CGAAAGAAACACAAUAUAUAUUAUACAACUGAUUGUACAAUAUUUUCCAUAUAUUUGUGAUGAAUACUAAUUUACGAGCAACUAAAUACUAAUCUUGCACGUAAAGGGAUGCUGAUUUAGAAUGUAUGCCCGAUGUGCAUAUCCUCCGAGGAGACAGUGUUGCAUCUAUUUGUUUCUUGCAGCUAUGCACGGCAGGAGCCGCAGGUAGAAGUAGAAAAAGAUUUCCCAGCCACACUCAUCCAUCGCCGUCACCGUCGCCAGAGUCAGCAGCAGCCAGCAGCCAUCGCCGUAUCCGUUGCUCUCCCCAGAUCCUGCGCCGUUGUCUUCACGCCGUACCGCCGUCCUACCGACGCCGUCCCAGGCGUUCGCCAUCCCAGUCCUGCAGCCUGUUCCACCCGCCGUCACUUUCCCCCCACGAAUUUCCAGUCUUGGCUUAAAUUUCAGUUAAAAAACUUGUCCCAGGCGGCUUGUGCUCUUCUCUCUCAUCGGAAUCGGUCGCAGCAAUUCCUGCACAGAAAAGCAUCAAGAAGAAGCAAACGGCUUAGCAGCUGUGAAGCCAGAGCAUCUGCAGGAGGGCUUGCAAAGGUCUUUGUGCAGUUUUAAAGACAAGGCAGCAUUACCUAAAAGCAAAACAAAGGAUGUGGAAUGCUUUUGGACAUUUACAGCCAUUAUGCUUUGGCUUGUGAGUUGUGAAAAGCUUUAACCGGAAACAUGCCCUCUACUUUUCCCUGGGAUAUUCUCUUUUUGCUUUCCUAAUAUAAAGAAAGGGAGGCUAAAGCUAGGAGGCAAGGGCCGGUGUUGGCGGGGAUGAAUAGUGUUUUCAGUGAAGUGAUACUUGCAGACAAGCUCUCCAAGCUCAACAGCAGUCAGCAGUGCAUUGAAAGUAAGUUUCUAAUCUUUUCAUUUUCGUGAUGUUUGGCUCAUGCUGCAUUCAUUGCAGCUCCUUUAACAUGGUUUCAUUUCCCUUUUUCUGUUAAUUCGCUACUUUGAGUGGCAACUUGAAUUCCCAUGUAGUGGAAUAAUGCAUUAGGAUUUUU